AUGGCAACCGCCGCUGCGCUGCGCAUGAAGCUCCUCAUCGACAAGAAGGCGCAGCGGGUGCUGUUCGCGGAGGCGAGCAAGGACGUCGUCGACUUCCUCUUCUCCCUCCUCGCCAUGCCCAUCGCCACGGCCGUCAAGCUUCUUGGGAAGGAAUCCAUGGUCGGCUGCGUCGGCAACCUCUACGCCAGCGUCGACAAGCUCGAAUCAAUCUACGUCCAGAACGGCGCCUCCAAGGACGCGCUGCUCUGCCCCACCGUGCUCUCGUCCAGCAACUCGCUUCUCUGCCUGCCGGAGAAGUCCCUGUACACCAACACUGGCCACGCCAACUGCGGCUUGUACAUCACGGCACGGCGCGGCAGCGCGUGCCUGACCUGUUACUCCGGGAUGACGGCGGCGGCUCAGGUUCUCCCGGCGGCGGCGCAUGGGUUCGUGCUGGGCAUCGUGACGUUCAUGGUGAAGGACGACCUCUCCGUCACCUCCAUGUCCGCCGUCUCCACCCUGCUCAACACCUUCGCCGUGAGGGACGUCGGCGAUCUCCAGGAGAAGACGGUGCAGCUCGGCUACAACGAGGGUUUGGCGAUUCUGAAGGCCUCGCUGCAGUCCAAGACCGUCCUGACCGAUGUCUUCCUCGGCGACAAGAAGGCUCCCGUUCUUGCUGCUUGA